AUGUCUGUGGCAUUCCUUAAGGGUGUGCCAAUCCUUCUCAAGCCCGAAAACCUCAAGAAACGCGGCAGAGCUAUCACUGAUCUCAACAAUGUGAUCAUGUCCACAUUGCAAGUGAUUGAUUGCAUCUUUCAAUUGGAGAAGCAUUCCAUCACUUAUAAUGAUGUAAAGGAGUUGAGAGAAAUCUUGGCAAAUGCAAGGAAAGAUAUCUGGGUGAAUGUCUAUUGGUGUAUCAUUACAACCGUAGCUUGCGCCACUAACAUCACCCUCCUUACUAGUGAUGAGGGGAACUCACACGACCUUGUCCAGUAUUCUCAGAAGAUCACAAUCAUCCUCAGUAAACUUAAGCAACAGCUUAAGAUCUGUGAAGAGGAAAUAGAGAAGUUACGGCCCUACAAGAAGCUCAAAAACCUCUUCCUAAUUCCUACUGAGAUUAUCGAGGUUAUGAAGAUCCUAAUCUUUUCAACCAUUUUCGACGGUUCCAUUAAGCAACUGGUUCACAUCGACAUCCUAAGGACGAAGAAUGUGUUGUUGUUCAUUUCGAGCCUAGAGAUAUCUGAGGAUUAUAUAAUCGAUAAUAAUGAGCAUAAGAUUGUUUGGAUUCCUAUAGUAGAGAAGUGGACUAAAGAUCUGCAACGCAAGUUUGAGGCCCUGCGGGCUAAGAUGCCAUGGUACACAGUAGGCCAGGGUGGUGCCCACAUUGCAGGCAUCAAGUACAUCAAGGAGGAUUGGAACUUUAAUGGUAAGCCUGUGGUGGUUGUGUUGAACACAAAGAGUCAGCUCCAACAUUCCAACGCUCUGCCCAUGAUUUUGAUAUGGGGAUGCCAAGCCUUUCCUUUCACACUGGAAAAAGAAGAACAGCUCUUACUUUCUCUCCAAGAUACAUGGUUUUCCGCGUUAAUGGAUGGCAUUAAGAUAUCCAAAUGGAACAAAGACGAUUACAUUUUCUUCUACGGAGGGGAUUCAGUGUGGAUGAAUAAGUUCAAGGAGAGAGCAACUGCCCUUAAAAAUGAUGGAAUCAAAAAAGAACCAAAGAUUUCUAUUGAGUUAUAUCCUGUGGAGAAGAACGCAAAUAAUGACGAUGGGGAUGACGGCUUUAGCACCUUCUGGUCCGCCAUAGAAAGCAUGUUCCAUAUCAAGGUUAUCAAUAAGCAGAUUGACGACGUGGUAAAACAAGUUCAGAAGCUGCUUUCCUACAAAGAUGACAAGAGUGGAUGGGCUGUGCUCAUCCAAGGCCGUAGGCUUGUGGCCUUUGGUGGCUCGACAAUGUAUACGGUUCUGGAGCAAUACCACACGUGGAAUCAGCAAGCGGAGGUUGAAAAAACUGGUCACGUCUGCAGCUGCUUUAGCAUCGCAGGUGCAACUGGAAGCACCCUAGAGGCCAUGGUAUGCUACGAGUGUGGCAAUGUCAUGGAGGCAUUCUUCAGCUAUAAGUGCUGCCAUGUCAAGAAGAAGGCGUCUUUGAUCACCUAA